GGGGUAGCUGCUUAGCUCUCAAUCAGUUACCCUAGAACAAAGAAAGAGAAAAACCAGCUGCCUUCUCCAGCUGAAACCAGUAAUCCCCAGCGGCUGCUUGUUUCUAAAGCGCUUUUUUCUAGAGUCGUCGCCGAGUCAAAAUCCCUAAUUCAAUCCGAUGAUGAUUCAAGCUUAGGGUUCCUCCGAAAGUUUGAAACUUUUCUAAUCCGUUUCAACCUGCCACUAUCGUCUGGCAAGAGGGUGCAUUAUCUCUGAUAGCUCAAAAUGCCUAAGGAAAGAAGGGACCGUUCUGUGUCUCGUGAGAGGUACAGAGCAUCUCCUUAUCCAUGCAGCUCCAGUCAUACAAAGCGUCCCUCACUCAAAAUUCCUUCAGAAACUGAAGAAAAUGUGAAAGAGUGGGAAGAAGCUAGGUGCCCAGUUUGUUUGGAACAUCCACACAAUGCAGUUCUCCUCAUAUGUUCAUCUUUUGAGAGGGGAUGCCGCCCUUACAUGUGUGACACAAGCUACCGCCAUUCAAACUGUCUAGAUCAGUUCUGCAAGUCAUUCUCAGAAGAGGAUCCACCAGAGAUACUGCCACAAGAAGAAACUCUGCUUUCAGAUAAUCUGUUGCCUCCAUUUGAAACUUCUGAAUCAAUAAUUACUGAUGUGCAGACUGAUAUAACCGAGGAAGAGCCCCCACCCAUGAUUCCCAUAUCUUGUGAACACCAGGAACAGCCCAAGCUUGUGUGCCCACUCUGCCGUGGGGAGGUAAAAGAUUGGAUAAUUGUGGAGCCUGCUCGUUGCUUCAUGAAUGCAAAAUUGAGAAACUGUUCUUGUGAGACUUGUAGUUUUAGUGGAACCUAUACAGAUCUCAGGAAGCAUGCAAGGCUGGAGCACCCGCAAACACGCCCAUCAGAGGCAGACCCAGAGCGACAACGUGCCUGGAGGAGUUUGGAGCGGCAGAGGGACAUUGGUGAUCUGCUCAGCACACUCCAAUCUUCAACUGGAGAGGAUAGGGGUGAUGACAGUAGCUUGGCAGUUGAACAUGAUGGAGGAGGAUGGCUAACUGUAUUCUUUCUAGUUAGAAUUUAUCGACCUACAUCUGGGUCCAGCUCGCGGAGCAGCAGUUGGUCUCCUACCACUAGAACUAGAGCACAAAUUAGUAUGAGAAGGAGAGCUACCAGACUUUGGGGAGAAAGCUAUGAGAGUGAAGCUGCUUCUUCUUCAAGGGAAGCGGACAAUGACUCCUCAGAUGGUGGCUCGGCCCCUACUAGGAGGCAGAGCGCACGUCUCCGGCAAAGGCGACGGACAACACCGGACAACAACCAGCCCUGAUUGCAGAUGAAUGUAGAGGCGGCGAAAUUGUUUUUCAUUUAUGGUUUGGAAAGUAAGUUUGCUAAAGUUCUGUAAUCAGCAGCUGUCAGUUGCUUGCUGAUGAUUGAAAUUCUGAUUAAAGCAAUGUGCGUGGUUAAGUGCCGAUGCUCUUGGACUCAGGUGGAUUACUUGAAAGGAAAUCAUAUGGAAGAUGGUCUGUUUCUGGCCUGGAAUCUGCUCCUUCCUUGCUAGAAGUGUGGAUCAGUGUUGCUGAUGAGAAUAUUAUCCAGAGAGUGAAAGAAAUGUAAUUUUCUGAAAAUCAAACUUAAAUUAUAUAUUUGCUUUGCAAAGUCUGUUCUUUUUCUCUCUUUAUAAUGAUAAAAGUAAACACUUAAUUCAUAGUUUGAUUACUGUUU